GGAGGACGUGUGUUAAAUUUUAAAACCAAGAUAUGAAAAUUGCUUUGAAAGCUCACCGCCUUUUCCCUGUCUGCAUUCUUCCCACUCAGCCCCUCCCACUGCCAUUUCUUCUUCCUACUGCUCCCAGAAGCAUCAAAAUUAAAAGCUCAAACCCUCCUAAAACCCCGUCAGCGUCCAUUUGCUUCAGAGCCAUGGCGUCGUCUCCUCCUCUUGUUGCGGUGAAGGACAAGAUUGAUCUGACGGACACGGAGAAGCGGAUAUUCGAUCGACUUGUCGGAACGCUCUCCCAUUUCAAUCUCCAAACUCAGCUCCGUGUUGCCGGCGGAUGGGUCCGUGACAAGCUUCUAGGCAAAGAAUGUUAUGAUAUUGAUAUUGCUAUUGACAACAUGUUGGGCAGAGAGUUUUGUGAGAAGGUUGCCGACUACCUGUCAUGUAUAGGGGAAGAAAAGAGGGGAGCUGGUGUUGUCCCGCGCAAUCCUGAGCAGUCCAAACAUUUGGAGACAGCAACAAUGCGCAUUUGUGAUGUAUGCAUUGAUUUUGUGAAUUUAAGGUCUGAAGAUUACAGUGAGAAUAGUCGCAUUCCCUCAAUGAGGUUUGGCACUGCAGAAGAGGAUGCAUAUCGAAGGGAUUUGACCAUUAACAGCAUGUUUUACAACAUAAACACUGGUUCAGUUGAAGACUUGACUGGACGUGGCAUUGCAGACUUGAAGGCUGGAAAAAUUGUGACACCUUUACCUCCAAAAGAUACAUUUUUGGAUGAUCCCCUAAGAGUUCUUCGUGCUAUCCGAUUUGGUGCAAGAUUUGAAUUCGUACUAGAUGAAGAUUUAAAGGAAGCGGCUGCAAGUGAUGAGGUGAUAGCUGCUCUUGCUCAGAAGAUUAGCAGAGAGCGUAUAGGUCAUGAAAUUGAUCUCAUGAUCUCUGGUAACCAGCCAGUUAAAGCAAUGACUUACAUUUGUGAUUUGAAGUUAUUUUGGGCUGUCUUCAACCUUCCGCCUGAUUUUGAGCCUUCAGCAUCCGAAGGAUGUGAUAGGAUUUGUCUUGCUUACAUGGAUGCUUUGUGGAACCUUAUUCAACUGAUCGGAUGCUCCACCUUCAAUGACGAACAAAGGAGGCUUGCGUUAUAUGCGGCAGUGUUUCUCCCAUUUAGAGAGACUGUGUACAAAGAUAACAAAGCCAAAAGGAUUCCCAUUGUUAACUACAUCUUUCGGAGCUCUCUCAAGCUAAAAUCCAGCUAUGCUGAAACAGUUAUAGCCAUACAUCAUGCAUCAGAGAAAUUCAUAUCCUUGAUUCCUUGUGUUGAAUCUAAUGAGGGCAUCAAAGGUGCUGAUGUUUUUUGGGGAAGAGAAAUUUUUGAUGUUCCUGAUGCUUCUAAAUUGCGAAUUCUGGCAGGCUUGCUUCUCCAUGAAAUUAAAGGAUUUUGGCGAGUUGCCUUGCUGGUGUCUACAUUGUUAUACCCCAUUGGUACUGAUAGCAGCAAAGAUUUUUCAGAUAGCCACUUUCAAUUGGACAGGAGAAGAGAAAUAUUUAUGAAUCUUGAAAAUGCCAUUAUUAAAUUAGGUCUUGAAAAGGUCUGGGAAGUAAAACCACUUGUCAAUGGGAAGGAUAUCAUGAGUAUUUUGCAGCUUAAAACUGGAGGACCCCUUGUUAGGGAAUGGCAAAAAAAACUGCUGAACUGGCAACUUGCCCAUCCAUCUGGCACCGCAGAGGAAUGUCUCAAUUGGAUGAGAGAGACAUAUUCAAAGCGUGCAAAGCUGGAGUAGCUGUUGUACUGCCUGGUAAAUUAAAUUGCUGUCAACGUAUUUUGAUGAUGGUGACCUCACUUAAGGUAAUCACUGCCUUUUCUGAAUUUUGUUCAUGGUUUUGUCUUUGAGCUGGAGUAUGAGUAGCUUAAUCAGAAAUUCAUCAAGCUUCAUGAUGUCAAUUUUUUUAUCAAUGGGAAGCUUAAAGAAGUUUUUGGAUAGCUGAACAAGUAAAAAUUAAUUAAUUCAACAGCAACUCUCAACUACUCCCUGUCAAUUUUUUUUUUAAUCAAUAAAAGGAUGUUUUCUAGGUUGGAAUACAAAUUUUUGUAAUGGGAAAUUAAAGAGGCAUUUUCGUAUAUAUUUAGAAAAUUGGAUAGGAAAAUUAGAAAUUAUUUACCAUUAGCAAACAGACCAUUGUGGUUUCUGAGUACUGGAGUAAAAUUUUGCUUUCACUGCAGGUUAUUGCUUUGAAAUACUUCCUCUCUUUCAAUAAAAAAAUUGCAUCCCUAGGUAUUGUUAAGCUUAGACAAAAAGCUUGUAUUUACUUGUUCUUAUUUUUGGGAUCAUCCAUUGCUUUUUUUUUUUUUUUUCUUUUUUCUAAAAACUCUGCUUGCAGCUUCUAGGCAAGCAAUGUUAUGAUACUGAUAUUCCAAUAUACAAUAUUUUGGCAGUGUGUUUUGUGAGACAGUUGUUGAGUACAUAUCUUGUAUGGGAGGAAUGAGAGGAGCUGGUGUUAUCCCAUGGUACAUCUCUUUUGUGUCGACAUUUUGACUCAUAAUACAGAAACUUUCACUUUAUUUUUGCUAAAA